AUGAACAAAACAGGAAAUGCAUCUACAACCACAACUGUGAUAGACAGCAAAAAUGGAUCAGUGCCCAAAUGCCCUGGAAAAGUGCUGAAGAGAACAGUCACAGAAGAUAUAGUGACGACAUUCAGCUCCCCGGCAGCCUGGCUCCUGGUCAUUGCUCUCAUAAUCACAUGGUCAGCUGUGGCUGUCGUUAUGUUUGAUUUAGUGGAUUACAAAAACUUUUCAGCAAGCUCUAUUUCCAAGAUUGGCUCAGAUCCUCUAAAAUUCGUACAUGAUGCUGUAGAGGAAACCACGGACUGGAUCUAUGGCUUCUUUUCUUUGUUGUCUGACAUUAUCUCAUCUGAGGAUGAAGAAGAAGAUGAUGUAGAGGGCGAGGACACUGACAAAGGAGAAAUAGAGGAGCCUCCCUUGAAAAAAAAAGAAAUACACAAAGAUAAGACUGAAAAGCAGGAGAAACCUGAUAGGAAAACGCAAAUCAAAGUUACACACAGAGAAAAAGAAAAAGAAAAGGUCAAGGGCAAAGAAAAAGAAAAGCCUGAACGGAAAGCAACUGUCAAGGAGAAAAUGGAGAAAAAAGAAAAACCAGAGACAAAGACAGUGGUAAAAGAAGGGAAGAAAGCUAAAAUGAAAGAAAAGACUGAAGAAAAGACUAAAAAGGAAGUGAAAGGUGGAAAACAGGAGAAGGUAAAACAAACAGCUACAAAAGUAAAAGAAGUACAGAAAAUGCCACCCAAAGCCAAAGCCAAAGACAAAGACGACAAAGAGGUUGCCCCUGUGUCAAAGCAAGAACAGAAAGAUCAGUAUGCAUUCUGUCGGUAUAUGAUUGACAUAUUUGUCCAUGGGGAUUUGAAACCAGGACAAAGCCCAGCCUUACCACCUCCGUUACCUACAGAACAAGCUUCCAGACCCACUCCAGUAUCACCUACUACUGAAGAAAAGGAAGAGGAGAAGAAGAAAUCUGAGAAGAAAGUGACUUCUGAAACAAAAAAGAAAGGCAAGGAGUUGAAAAGCUGUUUAAAACAUAAAUAG